GCGAAAGAAGUUUGACGUUUAGGAAAACAAUCCCAUUUCUCCGAAGGGGAAGAAGAAUGAGCCAAACUGCGGACGCUAGGAUUUAAAUCGCUUGUGUUCACGCGGAACCCUUGCAAGCGUGUGCCAGCGAGGUGCAUAUUUUCAUUUUGGGGAGUUUAUUGGAAGUCCUCCUGCAACUGGCGGCGACAUAUGUUCGGUUCCCCCCCUCCCGCAGCCGCGGAACAGAUUGGCGGCGGAGGCUGGAUCCCAGCGUCUGUGUGUCUUUUGAAUGGAAGUGCGCGGUUGUCAGCGGAGUAACGCUCAGUAUUGUGUCUCGCGACUGUUAGGUUAAAGAAGCGCAGCACUGGCUCGCGCUCGACUCAAAAACCCUACGGCUAAUUUUUAUAUCAGCCUGAACCAUCCUCAUGUUUACCCGAUAAACAUUUGAGUUUCAUGCCAACUGCGUCUAAGUUACCCCCCCACCUCCCCCGCCCCACCUUGACACUUUGGACGGACUCGUGUGGGGAAGAGGAGUGCUUUAUUAUCGCGUGUUAUUCAUUUGUAACGCGAGCUCAGCUGGGUUGGUUUUCGCGCACGAGCCCAACCGAAACAUGCCAGUCAGGAAAAAAGAUGCAGAGCGGGCUUUGCUGCUGCUGGAGGAAUACCGGUCAAAACUCAGUAACACUGAAGACAGACAGCUGAGAAACUCCAUCCAGAGAGUCAUUGACAUCUUCCAGAGUAACCUCUUCCAGGCUCUCAUAGAUAUCCAGGAAUUUUACGAAGUGACCUUAUUGGAUAAUCAGAGAUGUGGGGAAUCAGUGAAAGUGCCCGAUGCCCUGCCUCCGGUGAACCUGUGGGAUUUCUCCAGCAUUCAAAGCACAACAGUGACUUCAGACACCCUGCCCAGCCUUAGCACCAGCAUAGAGAAGUACAGGCACCAUGAUGAAGACACAGGAUCUCCACAGGAGCAAAGCUCACCCCAGCUCACUGAUGAGGCUCCCGGGCCAGAGCUAGUCCAGGUGGCUGAGAAGAGCCUGUCCCAGAUUGAAAAUGUCCAUGGCUAUGUAGCACAUGCACACAUCUCCCCAAUGAAGGUUGAAUCGCUGGAAUGCAUCUUUGAUGGGCCGUCCACUGUAGUGAAUGAGGAGAGUCCUCCUCCUACUACUCCCCUCUUCAACCCGUACCCUCAAAGUCCUUUGACCGUCCAGCAGACAGAUGCUGUCCCACCCUCCACUCUCAUAAUCCCUGUGAUCCCAAUCUCCACUGUCCCUGCGGAGCCUGCUGUCAUCCUUCCAUCGACGUCACAGGCAAAUCCUCCCCCUGUUGUGGUAAAUACAGAGAGUUUGGAUUCAGCCCCAUAUGUUAACGGUACAGAGGCUGACUUUGAAUAUGAGGAGAUUACACUGGAACGGGGUAAUUCAGGCCUGGGCUUCAGUAUCGCCGGUGGCACAGAUAACCCACACAUUGGUGAAGACCCUAGCAUUUUCAUCACCAAAGUCAUCCCAGGGGGUGCUGCUGCUCAGGACGGGAGAUUACGGGUGAAUGACGUAAUACUGCGAGUAAAUGAGGUGGACGUCAGGGACGUGACCCACAGUAAAGCUGUGGAGGCAUUGAAGGAGGCUGGGUCGCUGGUCAGACUGUAUGUCAGGAGGAGAAAGUCUCCCUCUGAGAAAGUCAUGGAGAUCAAGCUCAUCAAAGGACCCAAAGGUCUUGGUUUUAGUAUAGCAGGGGGUGUUGGAAAUCAGCACAUCCCAGGGGACAAUAGCAUCUACGUUACUAAGAUUAUUGAAGGUGGAGCAGCGCACAAAGAUGGGAGGCUGCAAAUAGGAGACAAACUUCUUGCUGUGAAUAGCUCCUGCCUGGAGGAGGUUACCCAUGAGCAUGCCGUGACUGCCUUGAAAAAUACCCCAGACGUGGUCUACUUGAAAGUGGCUAAACCCAGUAGUGUCUUCAUGAAUGACAGUUUUGUCCCUCCCGACAUCACUAACUCCUAUUCCCAGCACAUGGAAAACCAUAUCAGCCCUCCAAGCUAUCUGAGCCAACCGUUACCCCCAGUGCAGUCUGGACGCUACUCCCCGACCCCAAAGACCAUGAUGGGCGAUGAUGACGUCACCAGGGAGCCUAGGAAGGUAGUACUGCAUCGAGGUUCUACAGGGCUUGGCUUCAACAUUGUGGGUGGAGAGGAUGGAGAGGGCAUCUUUAUCUCCUUCAUCCUGGCUGGAGGCCCUGCAGAUCUGUGCGGAGAGCUGAGGAAAGGAGACCGUCUGGUGUCUGUGAAUGGAACAGACCUACGCAGUGCCACUCACGAACAGGCCGCAGCAGCCCUGAAGAACGCUGGACAAACCGUCACCAUCGUCGCCCAGUACAGACCAGAGGAGUACAGCCGAUUUGAGGCCAAGAUCCAUGACCUGAGAGAGCAGAUGAUGAACAGCAGCAUCAGCUCAGGCUCGGGAUCCCUGAGGACUAGUCAGAAAAGAUCGCUAUAUGUCAGAGCGCUGUUUGAUUAUGAUAAAACAAAGGAUUCAGGAUUGCCCAGCCAGGGCCUGAACUUCAAGUUUGGGGACAUCCUGCAUGUGGUGAAUGCUUCAGAUGAUGAGUGGUGGCAGGCACGGCAGGUCACUCCUCAAGGAGAGGUGGAGGAGAUGGGCGUUAUCCCCAGCAAGAGGAGAGUGGAGAAGAAGGAGAGAGCCAGAUUAAAGACAGUAAAAUUCAACUCGAAGUCACGAGAGAAAGGGCAGUCGCUCAAUGACAAGCGUAAAAAGAACCUCUUUUCCCGCAAGUUCCCCUUCUACAAGAACAAGGAGGCGAGUGAGCAGGAAACAAGCGAUGUGGACCAGCAUGUGACCUCAAAUGCCAGUGAUAGUGAGAGUAGUUACCGUGGACAGGAGGAUUAUGUGCUGUCCUAUGAGCCAGUCUGUCAACAAGAAGUGAACUACUCACGACCAGUGAUUAUCUUGGGUCCGAUGAAAGACAGAGUAAACGAUGACCUGAUAUCAGAAUUCCCUGACAAAUUUGGCUCCUGUGUUCCCCAUACAACAAGGCCAAAGCGGGAUUAUGAGGUGGACGGCAGAGACUACCACUUUGUUGUGUCCAGAGAGCAGAUGGAGAAAGAUAUACAGGAGCACAAGUUCAUUGAGGCAGGCCAGUACAAUGGUCACCUGUAUGGAACCAGCGUGCAGUCUGUCAGAGAGGUGGCCGAGAAGGGCAAACACUGCAUUCUAGAUGUAUCAGGCAAUGCUAUAAAGAGACUGCAAGUGGCUCUGCUUUACCCCAUCGCUGUUUUCAUCAAACCAAAAUCAAUGGAGAACAUCAUGGAGAUAAACAAAAGACUGACAGAGGAACAAGGCAGGAAGACAUACGACAGAGCCAUGAAGCUGGAACAGGAGUUUAUGGAGCACUUCACAGGCAUUGUUCAGGGAGACACUUUGGAAGAGACCUACGAUCAAGUAAAACAGAUCAUUGAGGAACAGUCUGGGCCAUACAUAUGGGUACAGUCCAAGGAGAAACUAUGAGCGCCUUCAUGAGUUUGUAAUCCCUCUCUCUCUCUCUCUCUGCCUGGUUUAUUUAUUGAUUCUGUCCUUUUUUUUUUUUUUUUUUAUCUCAGUUGGGCUUCUCCAAUUGAUAACAUUCACUGAACAGAUGAAUUCCUUAAUCCAACAAACUUCAAUCUCAGUUUAAUCCUACAUCAUCACCUCCUGACUUCUAGCUCUUCAGUAGCUAUUUAAAGUGAUGAGGAUCUGUCUUUCUCAGAUCUCCACUGCUUCUAUGCCAGACCAGCAUCUUGUUUACCAGAGUUUUGGAAACGGUACAGUUCCUUAAUGUUUAAGGGAGGUUACUUUGUAAGGAAAAAGAAAGAGUUAUGUGGAUUUUCUGAUGCAAGUCUCUCUUUUUUUAUUUUACUUGUUCUAUUAUUUGUUAUUUUCAUGUAAGAUGGUAAUAUGGAGCUCAAGUCUCAGGCAUUGGAUUCUUGAAACGGUGAAAAGCAAAACUUUGCACGUUAUAGCUUUUACGACCAUGUGUUCUUUGGCCCUCUUCCUUAUUGUUAAUUUCCACCUUAGUUGUCGUCUUUUUUCCCCUUGACUGUUGUAUUGGCAUGCUUAUUGUUCUCCUCAUUCUAAAUGUCCGCGUCAUGGAGCCGUUGUGUUUAGAUGAUGUCGCCCUGCACUGGUAUGAGACGUGUGCUGCCACCGUUAGAAUGUUGGAGUCUACAAUCAGUGUCUUACACAGAGUAUGUGUUUUCAACACUUUGAUUUACAUUUAGGAAAGUCUGCCAUUUGUAAGGUAAUGAUAUUUUUAAGAGAUGUCUUCGCACAUCUUGGCAAUAAAAUGCCAGCACGUAUGUGGAAGAAAUUUAUUGUACAAUAAGAUCUUAACAGAUAUUUCACCCUCCAUAAACUGCCUAUUUUGUUAUAAUAAAAGUCUAUAUUGAGCUUUACUUAAGCACUAUUAUGAUGGGAGUUAUUUUCUUGACAUUGUAAAAUGUAUAUUAGAGCAACAGAUUUAAAAUGAAAUAGUAUGAAUAUAUAUUUUUCCUUCUUCUGUUACUACCCUUUGUUUAUUUUCCUACACUGAAUCAAAGACAAGAAACAGGGCAGUGAGGGGACUACAUUUCUAUGUGGACAGGAAAUAGAGACUAGCGGAUCAUUAAUCAGCUAGUUCUCGGACUUUCUCUCCUCUCUCUGCCCACCAAUUCAACAUUGUCUGCUCAAUUGUGCUAUAUCAGAGUCAUUACUGUGUGGAGAAGAUGCUCUGUCCGUCCCCCCUCUCAGACACAAACCGUCUCAUCUGGAAGAAAAGAUUGUCCGGGCUAAUAAAGCUUCGGUGCAGGGCUGAUGCUGGAAGCUCCACAGAGACUCAUCUUUUUCUAAAGCCGUCAUGGGGAGGGGUCCUGCCUGCUCUUCCUAUGACAUGAUUGUUUUCUGUACUGAGACUGCUUGUUCUACCACCUCACCACCUCUGCUUUUUAGGGACAUUUUGGGACUGGAAAAAAGAAACAUGUAAAUAACCUUCUGAUCUGAUUCAUUCCAUUGAUGAAAUCGAACAAGAGGAGAAUGGCUAAUUCAAGACAAAUAAAACAAAAUCUUUCUCAUACAGCACAGUGCUGGUGUGAGUGUUCCUACA